AUGGAUGAACCGAGAGCAGAACAGUUUAUCUGUGAGCAGCUCAUCUUCAGCAUCAUGCCUGCGGAGUCUGACCUGGGCCGUGCGCUCUGCAUCAUCACGGGGGCCUCCAGGGGCUUCGGCCGGAUCGUGGCCAAAGAGUUGUCCCGGGUGGUGAAGCCUGGCUCGGCUUUUCUCCUGGUGGCACGGUCUGGGGAUGAUCUACGGAGUCUGCAGGCGGAGCUGACAGAGCUGGCCGACACAGAGGCUCCCAGAGGCGGCCUGCUGGUCCAGUGUGUGGAGGCUGACCUGGGUCAGGCCGAGGGUCUCCAUAGGAUCACCAGAGCAGCGCAAGACGCGGCGACAGAGCUCACGCAACACGUUUUAUUAGUCAACAACGCAGGUUCUCUGGGAGACAUAUCUCGGUUCACAGCAUCCUUUACUGACAUGGCAGAGGUGAACUCCUACUUGUCUCUGAACGUCAGCUCCUUCCUCUGCCUCACUGCACAGAUCCUUCAGGCCUUUCCUCAGCGUCCAGGGCUGAGGCGCACAGUGAUCAACAUCUCCUCUCUGUGUGCGCUGCAGCCGUUCUCCUCCUGGGUCCUGUACUGCUCUGGAAAAGCAGCUCGCGACAUGAUGUUUCGGGUCCUGGCAAAAGAAGAGCCGGACCUGCGAGUGCUGAACUAUGCUCCUGGACCCCUGGACACAGAUAUGCAGCUGCAGGCCAGGACGAAAAGCGGCGAUGCUCUGCUGCGGAAGUCCUUCAGUGAGAUGUUCAGCGAGGGCCGUCUGCUCUCGUGUGAAGAGUCCUGUGCAAAACUCGUGAAGCUACUUUUGGAAAACAGCUACACAUCUGGAGCACACAUAGACUUCUAUGACAUUUAA